CGGGACCUGAAAGGUCAAGCCUUCUUUGAUUGGAUGGCCGAACGGAUAGGCGAGAUGCUGGCGGAGUACAAUCACAUCCAGGGCACCUCGAACGCAAGGUUACAGAUGGGUUUGGCAUGGUCGUUUCCGGUCGAGCAGACUUCACCACGCACCGGCAAACUGCUUGCCAUGGGGAAGGGAUUCUGCGCCACUCACGGCGUUGAAGGGCAAGAUCUGAGUGAGCUCAUCAUGCGCUCCUGCAGAGCACGCCAUCUGAAUGUGGACCUGAUGGCUAUCGUGAACGAUGGCGCAGCGACACUGCUUGCGCAGGCGUAUCGAAACCCGUCAACACGGAUGUCGCUCAUUCUUGGGACAGGCACCAACGCGGCCGUCAUAUUGCCGGUUACGGCCAUAGGUGGCGGCAAGUGGGGCGAGAGACCGGACAGCUGGCAUGCUGCCGCCAAGCAGGUCUUGGUGAAUACGGAGCUCAGCAUGUUCGGGAAAAGGAUCUUUCCACGGACGAGAUGGGACGACGAGCUCAAUAACAAACACAUGCUUCCCGACUUUCAACCACUGGAGUACCUCGUUGCCGGACGCUAUCUGGGUGAGAUUGCGCGCUUGAUACUCGUUGAGGCGGUCACUACCGUCGGUUUGUUCGACGGUCAAAUGCCAGCGAAACUAAGCGAGCCUUAUUCGCUCGAGGCCCGGACGCUGGCCGCUUUCCAGGACGACUCGUCACCGGACCUCAGUAAAGCGUGUUCUACAUUCAUACACGAGCACUCCAUGCCAUCGCCACCAUCGAUAAGUGAACUUACUUUUAUUCGGGAGAUCGCAGGGCUGGUCUCCCACCGUGCGGCAACCUACUUAGCGACUGCGCUGCAUGCACUUUGGACACUGCGCCUGGUUGCUGAGGGCUUAGAUGCAGGCUCAGUGGACCACGUUACCAUCGCGUGCAAUGGAACGAUCAUACAGAAGUACCCGGCCUUCCAUCAAUGCUGUCAGCGGCAGCUGGAUGAGCUAUGUGAGUUGUCUGGGGCGGCUAAAGGAGCAGCGAGUCUGGAGAUGGCACCGGAAAGCUCCAUCUUUGGCGCGGCAGUAGCAGCAUGUUGCAUCAAUGACUCGGAAGCUCGCACCUGAGUGAACGUUUGCCGCAAACAGAUAGCACCUCGGGGCCGAUGGAGCAGAUGCGGUCACGUAUCGGUCGAACGAUAAUCACGAGGAGUACAGGUAGACCUGGAGCGUUGGAUCAUAGACCUUAUGAUAGAGUAGUCCUCAUUGGGCAUACCCGAUGUCAGCAUAGCGCAUGGGGCAAGGGAGGUCCGGCCGGCAGGCUACCAAUGUUACAUUGCAUAUACAGGAGCACUAGUGCUACCACACGUGGUAGUGGAGCGUGAUAACCCUAAGCAUUGACAGUAUUUCGGAGGCCAGAAGGCCUUCUUGAUCUGAUGCGCCU